AUUGCCAAGUAUGUUAAGGCAUUGAUAAGACAUGACACAUAUAUAAUAAAGGCAGUUGUAUGUAAAUGUUAAUUUAUGAAUUGUUAGAAACCGCUUAGGUAGUGCGCUAGAUGUAGUGCACUAGAUGUAGUGCACUGGAUGUAGUGCACUAGAUGUAGUGCAGAAAGGCGUUUGGGAUUGAACCACAGCUAACUCGCAUGCAGUAUCUUAACUAUGCGGUUAGCUGCAUGCUAAAGUGUAAAUUGCACUUUACUAUGAGCUUAAAUCAAUGAGCUUGAAUUCAUUUGAAGGUUGUAAAAGGAACAUGGAGAAGUAGUUAUAUAUUUAAUAUGGCUCUCACGUCUUUACAAAACACGGGUGUGUUUUAUCGUAGGAUUCUGUCUCAGUUUCCACAAGACAUUAGCUUAGCUUUUGCCUAUGGAUCUGGAGUGUUUAAACAGUCUGGGGCCAGUCAAGGUCAGAUGCGGAAUAACAUGCUGGACUUUGUGUUUGCUGUGGAUGACCCCAUCAAGUGGCACAGCAUGAACUUAAAAGACAACAGAAAACACUACUCUGUUCUGAAAUAUCUGGGUCCAAAAUACAUCAGCAGCAUUCAGAAUGACUAUGGAGCCAGAGUGUACUACAACACCCUAAUACCCUCGGAGGAAAGGCUGAUCAAGUAUGGUGUCAUCAGCACGGACGCCCUGAUGGAUGACCUGUUUCACUGGAAAACCGUGUAUAUAGCAGGCAGACUGCACAAACCUGUGCGGAUUCUGUUGCAGAAGGAGAGCCCGAAGCUGCGAGCGGCUUUGGUGGCCAAUCUGAAGAGUGCAGUGAUUGCCUCCUUCCUCAUGCUUCCAGAGAGUUUCUCAGAGGAAGAGCUUUUCCUCAGCAUCGCUGGACUCUCGUACUCCGGGGAUUUCAGGAUGGUGAUUGGUGAAGAUAAAUCCAAAGUUUCCAACAUUGUGAAGGACAACAUGGAGCACUUCCGGAUCUUGUAUAAAAAUAUUCUCCAAGAAUGUCCACAGGUGGUUUAUAAGCCACAGCAGGGGAAGCUGGAGGUGGAUAAGAGUCCAGAAGGCCAGUUUACCCAGCUAAUGGCUCUACCUCGCACGCUACAGCAGCAGAUCACACGGCUGGUGGAUCCUCCGGGGAAGAACCGUGACGUGGAGGAGAUCCUGCUGCAGCUCGCUCAUGACCCAGACUGUGGUCUGCUUGUACAGCAAGGAAUCUCCACAAUUGUGAAAACUUCCAGCAUAACACAAAGUGCCAAAGGAAUUGCUACAGCAGGCCUCGUGAAAACGGUGUCCUACAGCGUGAAAAAGCUUCGGAAGAUGCUCAAAGGCUGGAGGAGGAAGACUCCAUGAUUUCAUAAGCAGUGAGAGUUUUUAGCCGGCUGAUACUCUUCGUGUUCUUGAUAUUAACUCACCACAUGGCCAUGUGUAAUACAGUAGCACUAUUUAAGCGUACUGAGUCCUGGGUGUUCUGUCAUCUUUUAUUUUUAUUUUGUAUGUACCUGUGAAUUGCAAAACAGGUCAUCAGUGCUGAUAAGGAAUUGUCUUUAAUCGCUAAUCAAACGACGCUGUUAAAACAAUGGCUUGUGGUGGCAGAUACAAACAACCCACAGAUCACUGAUGCAUAAUUCACAUAUAACCGACAAACACACAUACAUAUUUGGCAUUUCCCCUUUAAGAAGUGGGGGAGUUAGUGAGUUGGUUGAUGCGUCGUUCCUGCGCAAAAAGUUCAAUAAAAAAAUACGACCGUUCUGGUCACAUGCAGCAAUCCUGUCUCUGUAUCUUUGAUAGCUUACAAAGCUACAGGCUGAGCAAAACAGUAGCAUGGUUUUAUCACAAUACCAGGGCACCCAGUUAAAUCCUGAGUUUGUGUUACUGUAUGUGUGCAUGUACUUGUGUUCAAGCUGUGUGUGUUGGAUUCCUAUCAGGUUCUCAAAAACAUAUGCCUGGUGACCUGCAAUGGUCCUGCAUCCCAUCCAUGGUGUGUUCCUGCCUUGUGCCCAGUGUUCAUUGCAAAGAACUGACCAAGAAGAAACACUUACUGCAGAUAAAAGAAUAAAUAGAUUAAAUGGACAAAACACUGCAACAUUUUAAUAAAUCGAUGUAAUUCUGGUUAUUAUUUAUUCUAUUCAUUUGAAUUUAACAUUUUUUGCCAAAAAGUUUUCCUUAAUAAAAGAACAUCUGCUUGUUGAAGGUCCAACCAAACCCAAACCCCAAACUUUUAGUAUUAGGCUUUUUGUACAUGCUAUUUAUUAAAAUAAAUCAGUCAAUAUUA